CGACAAGAAUGGACCGAUUCGCCUGAUAACGAGCCGAGUUUUCCGUGGAAAAUGGCCGUGGUGUCGCUGGUCGGCAGCAAAAUUAUCCUGGCCUUUUGUAACUUUCUCCUACUGGUAUGCGGGUUUACGCUAAUGGUAGGAGGUAUGCUGGUGUUUUUCGACCACGAGAGAGUGCUGCUUUCUAAACUUCUAACACCGACUGGGCCGUUUUCAACGCUUCCUCACCCAUUAUUGCAUUACAUUACCAUGGGAGUCGUCUUGCUGGGGAUCAUAUUAACAGCAGCCAGCAUUUUGGGAUGCUGGGCAUCAUGCGUACACAACUACUGCAUACUGAGCUUGUAUUUCUCCAUUGUCUUGUUAGUGCUGGUAGGUGAAUGUGCCAUUUACAUAAUAAUUUGGAUCUGGCCGAAUUGCAUGGGCCUGGGCGUGGAGGAUGGUGAACUGAUGCGAGCCAUACAAAGGAAUUACGGCAUUCGCGAUCAAGAGGAAUUUACAGCGGCCGUGGAUCUCGCGCAAACGGAAUUAAAUUGCUGCGGAGUGGAUUCAGCAAACGAAUACGACACUUCCUACUGGCGCCUGCAGGCCCUGCGCCCUUCGCUGGCAGUACCUUUAACCUGCUGCAAAUUGAGCAACAUUAAUCAGCCCAAAUCUUAUCUGAAUCCGAGCCCUACGAGCCUCCCUCUGUGCCAAGCUUUAGAAAGGAACAGGCACGAAGGAUUCAGACAUACAAUGGGUUGUAAAGAACCGUUGAAGAAAUGGUACCGAGACCACUACAUAGCCUUCCUAGGCGUGGGUCUGGUAGUGGUGUUGAUCGAGUUUUCGGUACUGCUCAGCUCUAUUGUAACUUGUACGAGGAUCUAUCACCACAACAGGGAAACAGAGGAUAAUGAAAGGAACAUCCAGCAGCUGGACGCCGAUAUAGUGUCCUCGAAUCUCGCUCCUAUAACUACCUUCAAGAGAUCCUCGGGCUCGGAGGCCGGAGCGUACAGUAACGAGCUCUACGACAUGGGUAAUCAAAUGCACGUAGUCAAAUACAGAAUUAGGGAGAUGUGAAAGUUUCGCGAGAAUAUUACGAUGCCCGUAUGUGUCUAAUCGGCGCUAAAUCCCCGCGUAAUUCCCAAAUUGCGCGAGUUUAUUAUAAAGUUUAAGUUUUAAUGAAGAAUAUUGCCGGUGCGUAAAUAUUUAUCAUGGGACUCGAGCAAAAAUUAUAUUCUGCUGAACACCUCGAGCGCCGGAGGGAUUAUACAACUUUAUUUAUACAGGGCGAUUACUGUACUUUGGAAUUUGCUCGAUACUGGAUUAUUUUGUUGAAAGACAUUUACAUAGGUAUAUUAUUUUAUUUAAUUCGAGAGUACGUUUACAAUUCAACCGAACAUAAUCACAUAUAACAAAUAUACAAUUUCAUUGUGUAGCUCUACAUGCUUAAUAUAAAAUAAAAUUAUAGUGUUUCCUACAUGGAUUACAUUUAUUAUGCAUUGUGAUUACCGUAAGUAACGAAAUAUCCGAUGGUAGAAUGUAAUAAACUAAUAUUAAAAAUACACAAUCCUGUGAAUCAUACUGAUACUUAUAACUUAUAACAUACAGCUUUGCACAAUGUAAUAAAAUUUAAUCAACUAUUUAUGAUCUAAUAUCGAUACUAUCGAUAUUAAUUUUAAUAGCUCUCCUUUUUAAUGGGGUAUUGAAUUGAAAGUGGGUGGAUACAUUACUAAAAAUAAUCAAAUAAAAAGGGACUUGAAAGGUAUAAAUGAUAUAGAUAAAAAUAUGAAACAAUAGAUUUAUAGAUGAAACAAUGAUGUACAUUAUGCGAAGCUGAAGAAUACAGUAAUUGAAAUUAUAUUUAGAGGAAACAAGGACCGACAUUAUUUUUUGUUGAAACAAAUUGCAUAUCCUUAGAUAUUCUUCCUACUUUUACUUGCACUCUUUAUACGCCGCGAAAAGCGUGUUUUUCUUAGUCAAAAAAGAAAAUAUUCUGUUUAAUUUUACAUAAAUUUAGGCCAAACUCACACUUAACAAUCCACCAUUUAAAUUUAUUAUUAGCAUUUUUUAAAACCCUAUCAAAACUUAUACCGAAGUAUAGGAGUAGGAAAACUCUAUAUCCUACACCUAAUAUACAUUUCAAUAAGGUUACUUUGCCUGUAACUUGAAGGAAUAAUCUGAAAAGUUUCACACCUCGCUGUGUGUUAGGAUUAUCAUACUUAUUACACACGGAAAAAAGUGGCAUUUUCGAACAUUUUCUUUUUGACAAAAACAUAUUGAACUCUCUCUGUAGGGUGACUAAAAGAACUGGGGAGAAUCAUAUACAUUGAGCCCUUACACUUGUAUAAGAUUCGUCGAAUUAGCCGCAUUUUAAUUGCAAUUAUAAAAUGCGGUUAAUAAAUUGUUUGCAAUUUACACAGGAGCUCGAGAAACACCGCAAAUGCGUCGAGAAAUGUUGGUAAUUUGCGCGUUUAUCGAUCGAAAUUCAUAUUUGUUAUAGUUCUGAUAUAGGAAAAAUUAUUUCUAGUUAUUUUUCUCAAGAGGAUAUGACCAAAGUUAUAGUACAUUCCAAAUUCAGUCGAAAUUUUCACCUAAACUGUGUCGAAUUUCAGAUAUUUCUCUAAGGCUUUCUGUUUCCACGGAUUUUGAAUUGUACUAUACGCAUCUAAUUACAAGGCUUAUGACAACAUUUACUUGAAACAUUCAUAAAACACGAAGAGAACGAAAUCAAUUGCAAUGUCACCUGAAGGAAUGUAAUACAAUUUUUAUCUUUUUGGUCAAUUUCGUUUACAAAUACUACUACAAUAUUCUUCUUCUAAAUAGGAUGAAGGACAUUCGAACGUAUCAUAAAAUACAUUUGAUAUAUUAAUAAUUGUUGUUCGCUCUGAACGCGGCCCGGCCGAUUAAAACGACGUCUUUCCGAAGAUGAAGUUGCCCGGGUCGGAUGGAUUUUCCGAAAUGAAGAACUGCUUCCACAGCUCCUCGAAUUGCUGCGAACUGACGCUCGGCUGGCCCUAAAACCGAAUAUCCCAUUGAUCCCAUUGAUCCCAUUGAUCCCAAUAAAUGAAAAAAAACAUACCUGCGCCAUCUUCUGGAAAGCCUGUCUGCACUCCUGCGGGUCCAGCCCGUAGCAGGAGCACACUCCGGUGAAUUCGUCGAUGUCGAUGGCGCCGUCGCCGCUCGAGUCCUCCAUUUCGAACAUAAAUCUCAUGUACUGCACCUGCCAGUCCAGCGGGUUUUCCGAGUCUUUGGAAAAUUCGUCCCACAUCGUCGCCCACUCUUCGACGCUCA